CCGUUAUUGUUUGCAUUGUUUACAUAUAAACGUUAUAACAACAUUCAACUUUUUUUAUUUAUCAACUGUCGAUGCUUUGAUGUAGAUUAAUAAGUACGACAUAUUAUCAAAGAAUUCUACCAAAUUGAAAAGCCCGGAUUCCAAGAUUUCGUGGCAUUGAAACGCUGCGCAUAAUCGUCAUUCACACACUAUGCACCAUCGUAAUAUAUCUUGAUUGUGUUAGUUCAAGUACUUGACAAAGCAAGAAGUGUCAGAUUUUAUUGUUGGUACAAUAAACUGUUUAACUAAAAAAUUGUCUAAAAAUUUUCAAAUAGUGAAAACUUUACGUAAAUUACGUCGCAAAAUGAAGAAAAAUAAAGAUGACUUGAAUAACGAUCGUCAAAAGGCGAGUGUUUCUAAAGAAGUUUCUAAAAACUUCGUUGAUAAAAUCCUUGGAGAUGUUUCAAAAACUUCAGCAACUAAACAAAUUGCUAUUGGAGCAUCAUCAGGAUGGGUCACUGGUUUUCUGGCAAUGAAAGUCGGAAAAAUUGCAGCAUUCUCUGUUGGUGGUGGAAUAAUACUUCUUCAAAUAGCUGCAAAUCAUGGUUAUAUAAAAAUCAAUUGGGAUAAAAUACAAGAUAAGGCUGAGAAGUUGUCGGAUAAUAUAGAAGAGAAGAUUACGGGUGAAGGCCCAAAGCUUAUAGACAAGGUAGGAUUGUGGUGUCGACAAAAUACUUAUGUAGCCACAAGUUUUCUCGGUGGUUUUUUCAUUGGCCUAGCGAUGUAAUCAAUCGACAAUGCCCCAUUAUUGUGUUUAUUUUAUUCGGAAAAAGUAACUAGAAAAUUGCGAUUAAAAAAAACUUAUCUUGCCUUACCUUUUUUAUUGUGAAUGCAUCGAAUAAUAUAUUAUUCUUGUAAUUAAUAAUAAUUUUUAAUUUAUCUCUAGCAUUUUUUAUUUA